UUCAUUCUCUUCCAUUUGUCCACUCAACUCAUGUGUUGCCAAUUGUUGUUGUUUCUUACUUUUGUUUUUAAUUAAUCAACUUGUUCAAAAAACUCUUCUAAUGUUCUAUAUCAUUCAUGCCUUUCACCAAUCAACAUCUCUAUCAUUCUCCUUAAUUUGUUCUCUUUCAUUUGUCUCUUGUUUUGAGCUUUGUAUGCAUAAUUGCCGGUUUUAAUAUGACAAGCCUUAGCUCCCCUCAAUCAGUUCGGAAUGUUUGCUGAACAAGUCUGAUUCUUAUCAUGGGAUGUGGAGAUUAUUCUUCUAUCAUCAUUCUAAACUGCUGGCAGGGAUUGGAAAGGGCAUAUAAAUGGCUUCAUCUUUAGAGGAGCUUCUUGCAAAGGAGGGGUUCAAAGGAAUCAGAAGAGUGACAAGGUCUAGAUCCUCCUUCCACUAUGGUGCUUCAAGUGAGCCUCUUCACUCUUUGGAUGGGAGAUUUUCUGUAUCAAGUGAAAGAAUUCGAACUCAGAGAACAAAGUCUGAUGCCUCACGAUAUCAGAUUUCAAGUGGACAGUUAAAAACUGACAACGAUACUGCUAUGAACCGGAGGUCAAGGGAUAAUCUUUUUUUGAGAGACAAAAUGGAUCAACGGUUGAAGAACUCUUCUAUCGAUACAGAUUCAGGCAGAGGAGUUGAUACCAAUUCAUCAGAAUACAUGCCAAGGAAUGAGAUUACUGAGGUGACUGAGCAAGAAGCUAACAUAGUCAAAGAUAAUUGUUCAACAGAAGUUUCUUCAAAAAGAGGCAAAGAGAAGAAUUUCAAUGAACUUGUGGAGGAGGAAAAUCCUGUCAAGGAUGCAAAGGCGCGCAGCAGAAGUUCCAGUAUACAUAUGCUUGGACACUCUAGUGAAACUAGAAACAAUAUAAAACCCCAGAAGGACUCAUACACUAGAUCAAAUAGCAGCAGGAAUAAAGAUAGCAAUCAUGCUAUUCAAGCUGCUUCUAGUCUUGCUCUUGAUGAAGUUGCUGUCCAAGCAGUAGUUUCAAUUCUAAAUGGCUAUAUAAAGAGUUUUCCAAAAGAUGCGGAUUUCCGGUCAACAUUGCGUCACAAAUGUUUCUCCUCCUUGAAUUUUAUUGAACUGGAAGAAGAGAACAUUACGGGGACCAAAGUCAUAAGAAGUCUUGAGCAAGCAAUCGAGGCCAUUGAACAAACUGCUGAGGAGCCUAUAUCUACCAUGUAUCUGAAAAGAACCAUGAUGCAGCUUAGCAUUAUUACAGGUUUGAGUUUAAAUGAUUUGAAGUACGAGUGUACGUGUGGGAUUCCAAAUUUUAAGUUGUCAGCCUGUGCUCAUCUUUACCUCAGUGUGGUAUACAUGAUGCAGAAAAAAAAUAAGGUGUCUGCGAAGCAUCUCUUGCAAGUGUUUUGUGAUUCACCUUUUCAGGCACGGACAGUAUUGUUGCCUGAACUGUGGGAGCAUCUAUUUUCUUCACAAUUUUCUCAUUUGAAGGCAUGGUACAGCAAGCAGGCAGAAUUUCUAGUAGAUGCACCAAGCAAAACAAGAAAGCUAAAACUUCUUCAAAAAGUGUAUAAUGAACAUUUGGAUUCUGGAACUCAUAUAUUUGCUGUAUACUACAAAGAUUGGCUCACUGAAGGAGUAGAAUCUCCGCCUACUCCUUUAAUUGGCAUUCCAUCAGCUUCUGUAAUGGGCAGUCAAGAGGGAAGUUCACUUGGUUAUUCUUUUGAGUCUGCUAGCUCCAUUGACCCACUCUCACCACAGCCAAUGGUCAGCAAGAAACUGUAUGAUUCUAUGUUUGGUAGCUUGAGCAAACCCAGAGUUUACCAAGUCAAAGAUAUUAAGGAUGAUGAUAACAUAGACAACUGCAUGAAAGACUCUUAUGGUUCAACUAUUGUUAGACAGACAUUAACAUAUGAGUCUGAAACUGUUAAAUUUACAGAUCAAGAUAUUGAAAAUUUCUCUCAAGGUGUAGCAAUUGAUACAAUCAAGCCUCAGAAAGGAAAUUCAAUGACAGCUUCAGAAGAAUGGCAGAAAAGGAAUCUCAGCAAUGACAUUAAUAACUCUUUCUCUAUGGAAACUAAUUUAAACAGCCACAGUAUUGAUGCUCUAUCACAUGAAAAAGCGAGUGAACCUGUUCUUAUAAAGCCAAAUAAGACAUGUUCUUCUCUUGAAGGACCAUAUUUUCCAAGUAUUCCUCAUGAAUUUAUUUGUCCUCUUACUGGAAAUCUCUUUGAGGAACCAGUCACCCUAGAGACUGGUCAGACCUUUGAAAGAGAAGCCAUCAAAGCAUGGUUUGAAAAGGGAAAUAGAACAUGCCCAGUAACAGGAAAUACUUUGGAAUGUGUGACCAUGCCAUUUACCAACCUUAUUUUGAAGCGUUUGAUUGAUACUUGGAAGUCAGAACUUUUUGAUUACCUUAUUGAUCUUCCUUCUCAAACAGUGGAGAAUCCGGAGGAGCUUAAGUUGAAAAAGAGGGAUGAGGCUGCUGUUUUCAAGUUAGCGAGUCUUUUCUCCUCUUUGAAAGAAGAGGACAAAUCAACUUAUGCUAAGCAUCUGAUCUCUUUAGGAUUUCUUCCAUUUCUUUUUAGGAGGUUUGAACAGGGAAAUGUGGAAGAAAAAUCACAUGUGAUGUCACUCUUGCUAAACUGUAUUCAAGUGGACUCUGGUUGCAUAUAUCAGAUAGCAACGAGUGUUAACAGAAAAUGUCUUCUUGAGCUUCUUCACAGUAAGAAGGCUACCCCGACAACAAAUGCAAUACUAUUCCUUACUGAAAUUUUAUCAAUGAAGAGGAGAAAGGAUGUUACCUCAUUCAUAAGUGGCUUGGCGGGUGAAAAAGUAUUUAAUAUAAUGCAUAUUCUGCUCAUGUAUCUCAAGAAAUCUUCUCCAUUUGAAAAGCCCCUAAUCGCUGUCCUUCUGUUACACUUUGAUCUGCUGGUUGAGCCUCAAAAGUUUAGCAUAUACAGAGAGGUGGCUGUGAAUGCUAUUGCAGAGGCACUUGAUGCCAGCUUAAAUGAUGAGAAGGGCAGAGAAAAGUGUUGCAGAGCACUAGUAAUCUUGUGUAGCCAUUUUUCUUCUACUGGAAAGAUACCAACCAAGACUAGCAUCUUAAAACAAGCAGGUUAUAAUAAUGAUAGCUUAGAAGUUAAACCUCCUGGCCAUGAAGAAGAGGGUCAACGGUUAUAUGUAGCCAUUUCAUCGGAAGGUGAAGAAAAAAGGGGUGAAGAGUUGCUAAAGAAGUUGUUAGAGUCAUUGAUUGGUGAUGGAGAAAGCCCGUUUUUGAAGAACAUAUCUAGAUGUUUAGAUUCUAAGCACUUAGAUUUGGUGAGAGCGUGUCUAAUAACUGUGACAUGGUUGAGCUCCUCACUGUCUAUGCUAUUUAGUGCUGGAUUGCAUCUUCCCGCCUUCUUAUCCAUCAUCUCUCAGUUGAAAGGAAUCCUGGAAAAUGGAGAACUUGAGCUCAAGACUCUUGCUUCUCUGUCUUUGCUUAAUUUCAGUAAAAUAUCAGAGUGCAAAACGCUUUUGAAGACUAUGGCAGAAGAUAUUGGUCCCCUUCUUCAUGAACUUGAUGAUGUAACAUGGACUGCAAAACAGCUGCAUGCCAUUGUGUCGAGGGAGAAUCUGUAGUAUUCAGGAAACAUAUCUUCUCGUCUCAUCAUUUCUGAAGUUCCAAUUUUGAAUUUUUCUUGUCAGAAAAUUUAUGCUGCUUAUAUAUGAAAAUCCUUUGCAUAGACUGUUCUAGAAAAAACAAAUACUUCAACAUGGUACAUUUUGUCUAGAAAAAAUGUAAAUUGAUCUCAUUGACUUUUUUAUGUUUUAUCGGGAUGAAUAACCACAGAAUGUGUCGUUUGUCUA